GCUUCUUAUAAGACCAUAAUCACCUUACACACCCACCAAAACUCCGCUUUCUAAUCCCCUAUCUAUCCUCACGUUGCAUCCAAGAUCUAGCCACAAAAAAAAGAAUCGUGUUAAAUAUCAUCGUCAUUCCUCCACACAUCUCUCCGUCACCCUUUGCUCGCGUUCACUGAAGUGUUCUGUGAAGUUUUUGCACCAGACAAAAAUCUUCUGAUUCCUGUCCUACAAAUGGAACAAAAUGAGAGCAAAGCCUAUCCACUAGACAAUAUAAGUCUCUAAGUUCGUCCUCCUUGUGAUCUCUACGCUGGUUUCCACAUCAUGUCGUCGACCUCUUCUAAUGGCAGUGCUGGUAGUGGUAGUCUUCGUUCGGCAGGGUCCGCAGGUUCCACUACGGGCAAAAUCCUGGUUCUCCAUGCUCAGGAAGUGACGGCUGAGAAUCAUUUGACGGAUGGAGUGUUCCGCGAGCUUCUCCGACAAAUGCGGAAUGCCCAUGAAAUGUGUGAUGUAACGCUGGUAGUGGAAGGAGGGGAGAUUGCUGCCCAUAAGUUGGUAUUGGCGAGUUGUUCCGGGUACUUUAGGGGCAUGUUUAGAGCAGGUGGAUUCGGGGAGAGUCAAAGCUCUCGGAUUGCCAUUGAUCCCAAGGGAGAUUUGGGCAUCAAAGCCGAGGCAGUAGAGCAAUUGAUUCAGUAUAUCUAUUCCGGACAAGUUCAAAUCUCGCAUUUGAACGUGAUCGACUUGAUCCGGGCGGCGGAUUUGUUCGGCUUGUCCGCGGUCAAGAACCAGACCUUGAAGGUGAUUGAAGAACACAUCACGUUUGAUACAUAUUUGGAUAUACGAGAAGUGGGGAGUGUAUUCAAUUGUCCGAGGUUGAUCGAGGCGGUGGAGAAAUUCAUUCGAUACCACUUUGCUCAAUUUGUGGACACGCAAGCCUUUGUGGAACUCGAGAAAGAGGAUCUAGUCAAAUUUCUAUCCCAUGGGCGACUUCGCACAGUCACGGAAGAGAUUGUGCUGGAAGCCAUGUUGCGGUGGUGUCGACAUAAUGACCGACUGGGGUUGUUCCCGGAGUUGUCCCAACACAUCCGCUUUGAACUCAUCUCCACCAAAUAUCUUCUCCGAGUCCUCAAGGAAACCGAGGUGCCCGUAGUGAGUUCCACGCUACUGGACAAGAUGCAGAAUCUGAAAGAGCUAUCCAUGGCCUCUCGACCUCGAUAUUCGUCGGUGGUUCUCGUGGCCAUGCCCUACCGAACCCGCUCGUUCUUUCUCAUCAAUUUCUACGGCGACCACAUUGAGUUCACCGUUAAAGACUUCCCCUCGCUCAUCCAUGAGCAUGUGGAUGCCCUGAUGCAUUAUUCAGUGAGUCCCGUGGGCAACACACAUCUCUAUUUCGCGGGGGGCUCCGGCUACACCCAACACAACGAACCUUUCCAUUGCGAAAACGGCUUCCUUUACGAUUUGGUGGAAGACACUUGGGAAGCUUCUAGUCCUCUGCCGGGUCUCUCAUUUUCGUUCGGCAUGGCUUCUCUGGGCCGACAAAUCUACAUCGUUGGAGGCGAGGGCCAACAAAAUACUGCCGCCACGGACGAGAUCUUCCGAAUGGACUUUGACCUCCCGCCCUCGGAUCGAGAAUGGGUCCCUGUAUCCAAGAUGACCUACACGCGGUCAUCCGUGGCACUAAUCGCCCUUGAGAACAAGAUCUAUGCCCUCGGCGGGAUGCUGGACGGAGGCUACACAUCCACAGUGGAAAUGUACGAUCCGGAAGUGGAUGCUUGGAUCGAAGUCGAUCCCAUGACCCAAGCCCGUUGCAAUCCUGGAUAUGCCGUGGCCAACGGCAAGCUGUACGUGGUGGGUGGAUUGGGAGAUAAUCUCCUGGCUCCGCCUGGACCGGGUGCUCUCAAGACGGCCGAGGUUUACGAUCCGGACUCGGAUUCGUGGUCAACUUUGCCGGAUAUGUAUUUUUCUCGCCAUUCGCCGGCCGUGGCGUUCGUGAAUAAUAAAUUGUUUGUGUUUGGAGGUGGAUCUCCAUCGCCACUAUUACGCCCAGGUCCGGAAAGGACGAUCGAGUGCUUCGAUUUCGAUCGCCAUGAGUGGUUCGUGCUUCAAGCCAAGAUUCCUGGACGAUCCAAUGCCAUUUAUGUGUCAGCAUUCUUUAGUCAGAUUUAUAGCUAGGUGAGGAGAAGAUUUCAUACAUAUCUACGAUUUAUUAUGACAAGAAACUACAAUUCGUGUGCAAUGGUCAAUUCAUACAAAAAAUAACAGCGUCAAUUA